AGAGGGUUUCGAAAUAGAGAAGCCGGACUACAUUUGUGGGAGUAAGUGGGUGGUGCAGUUCGUUGGGAGAAUCAAAGACGUAUAUUAAAUUGAUCUGCAGAAGAAAAGCUGAAAGCUUUACUGAAGGGCGAAACGUGUUUAAUUGAUGAAUUGACGCUCUGUAAAUAUUCCGCUGGCUGCAUAAAGUGUAACGCAGUCAAUAGCCGAACAGAAAGGCCCAACCAGUGUGAGCAGCUCGAUCAACAAGACAGCCAUCCUUUCAUUGAGUGCUAGAAGGAGAAAUGGCAUUGGAUUUCGCUGCAGGAUGCCUGGGAGGUGUUGCAGGGGUUCUUGUAGGGCAUCCAUUUGAUACAGUAAAGGUUCGCCUUCAAGUACAAAAUCCUGACCAGCCACGUUACCGUGGGACUCUACAUUGUUUCCGGUCCAUCAUCAAGCAAGAGUCUGCCUUUGGACUAUACAAAGGUAUUGGUUCACCAAUGAUGGGUUUGACCUUCAUCAAUGCUAUUGUUUUUGGUGUCCAAGGAAAUACAAUGCGUUACUUAGAGAGGGAUACACCACUUAACCAGUUCCUUGCAGGAGCUGCAGCUGGGUGCAUUCAGUGUGUUAUCUGUUGCCCUAUGGAACUGGCAAAAACAAGGAUGCAGCUUCAAGGCAUGGGCGAAUACCAAGUUAAAAGUAAAGUCUACAAGAAUUCACUUGACUGCUUGGUUAGAAUUUAUAGAAAACAAGGAAUCUAUGGAAUCAACAAAGGCAUGGUGACCACCAUUUUAAGAGAAAUACCUGGCUUUGGCUUCUACUUCCUUACUUAUGAUUGUCUGACCAGAGCCUUAAACUGUGAACCGGAUGAUAGUCUUAUAAUUCCUAAACUGCUUUUUGCUGGUGGUAUGUCUGGGAUUGCAUCUUGGAUCUCCACCUAUCCCAUUGAUGUGAUUAAGUCCCGAAUACAAGCUGAUGGAGUCGGAGGGAUAAAUCAAUACAAUGGCAUUAUGGACUGUGUCCAUCAAAGUUACAAGAAGGAAGGGUGGCACGUGUUCACUCGAGGGCUCACCUCUACUCUUCUGAGAGCUUUCCCUGUCAAUGCUGCUACUUUUGCCACUGUCACGCUCUUUCUCAUGUACUCAAGGGUUGAUGAGGGUUGCAAGGAGCUGGAGGCUGCCCCAGCAAUCCAACAACCUUCAAGCCUCUAAAGCCAGUGUCUUCCUCAUGUUACUUGUGCAGAGUAACUGCUGUGAUAACUGAAUUUUACUCUAUCCUAUUUUUAUAAGUGUAGUAAAAUAAUACAAUGUUUCAGGGUGUAAAUAAGUUCCAUGUAAGAAUUAAUUCUUUAUAAAAUAUAACCAUGUGUUUUACUUUUAACAGAAUUCCAUCAGUUUUGUUGUUUUGUGAGACUACAGCUUCAUGCCUUAUUAAAUGAAUGUAUAUAUUGUAUUUUAGUUAAUAAACAUGAGUAAGGAAAAUGUGAUUUUUUUUCACCCAUUGUAGUAGGCAUGUACUGUACAGAAAGCUAAUUAACAGGACUGGCUGUAGAAUAAGUAAGUCAAUAGCACAGAGGGUCCAAGUUUGGAUAAUGAUUUCAAAAGAAAUUGCAGUAAAUUUUCAUUUUUGCCUGAGUGGUUAAUAGUGGAUUGGCCACCCAUUUUACACCCCACCUGUUGCCCAUUUCCAUAGAAUUCAAUGGUAAAUCAGGUACAAAGUAAAAUUGGCAGCCAACCUAUUACCAUUUAUUUUCCACAAGGCAGUAAAAGUAAAGUUUCACCUCAUUAAAUACUGAGAAGCAUGCAGCUAAAACAGUCGUGAUCCAUUUUAUUGUUUGUGUUUUCAACAUAGUGGGGCAAUUUUAUUGGUGAUUAAUAGCUUGUAUUCUAAGUAAUGCACUAAAGCUUGGUUAGGUUUUCUCAGAAAUGAGCAUUUAAGGUGACUUGAGACAUUAAUCCUUAGUGUUUCCUCUGUUCUAAGUAACCAUAAUGUUAAGCUCAGUACCUAAAUGGCCAUAAACCUUGAGUACUUUGCUCACUUCUGUUGCGCACUUAUAUCCAUUGCUACUAUUGUGUGAUGUCAGGAUCUUGCAGAUUUUUGCCCUUUUUCUUUUGCAGAGAUCUGGUGUAACCUGAAUAAUCCACCCCUUUUCUAGCCAGUCCAAUUUCAGCAAAUCUAUUGGUAGUAUUUUAUGAUCAUUCUCUUCCCAACUCCACUAGUGUUCGAGCUGUAAUGAUAUGUUUCGUAGCCCUUGUUCCCUAAUAUUACUAAGUAAUCUGGUAUAUAAAAUUAGAUUUUACUUGGAACCAACCAUGUUACAAUUAAGAGUUUUCAGGAAUCAGACCACCUCUGUCAUUUUAGUAUGUUGUGAUACCUUGUUCAUAUUAAUUAUGAUUUAUGUGCAGUACACCUAUGAAGUUUUUUUUGUUUUCUGUUGCUUGAUGUGUUGGUCAGGAAUUGUUACUGUGAAUAAACCAAUCCGGCAGGUCACCAGUCCUAAAGGGAUUGCUGAGUUAGUCGAUUCACAGAUGGAUAGCAAGUUACUAUGAUCAGGGUCCAUGUAGAUUAUUUUAUUUUCCUAACAAUCAAGUAGGUUCUUCAGUGUUUGAGCAUAGUAUGUGCUAUAAUGCUCCUGAAUGUAUGCUGCCUCUUGCCUCUCCAGAGGUUGCAGUAUUGGAAAGCCUCAUAAUGGGGGCCAAGUGUUAAGAUCCUGGCGACAUUUUAGCUGCAUUAAGUGAUUGGUGGAGCUAGUAUCAAUUGGUAGCCCUGUGGCUUAAAACAGGCUAGAUGUUCAGGUUUGCCAUCCAAUGACGUAUGGAAACAGAAGUUGCUCUUCUUGCUUCAGAUUUGUGCAGCAGGCCCUUGUGUCAGUAGGCUUCUGACAUCUAUGUGGAAUUUUUAAAAAGCCCAAGCAAUUAAGUAAAGGUAUAUAGUGUACAGCAGUUUUAUGCUUUACUAUUCAAGAUGAAAUUUUAAAGUAUUACUAGUUUCAUCUACCAAAGGUUAGAAGUUUUUUUUAAGUUCCAUUGCUCCCUUUUAAUGGAUUACUUUCAUGCAUUAACUCCCACCUGCCCAUUUUUAUGUAAUUUCUGGAAAGCAUAUAAGAAACUGCCUUGAUUUACCAUGGGGCGGUUGAUGUGGCAUUGAAUGACUACAACAGGUAGGGAUUACAGAAUCCAAUCUUCACUGUAACUUGGGACAGGUGCAAUACAUAUUAGUCUGAGAUGCUGAUCAACAAAGAUUCUCAAUUUUUUGCGCCAUUUCCAGGACAUUUUUUAACGGGCACAGAACACUUUAUUUCACAAUGUGAGAAAAGAAAACAUUUGUUUGUUCCUAGCACUAUGAUCAACUUUUCAACUAUCAAGCAAAUUGCAGUUUCAAAGUGAGUGUUUGUUUGAAUCUGGAAACCUUGAAUGUCUAUAUUAUUAUUAUCUGAACAAGUUCCAUUUCUGAAUUGAAAAUGCAUGCUUGAUUAACAAUACAGUACAGCUUUGACUUUUUGGUCAAUUAGCUUGUACUGUGUAUUGCUUGUUUCAAUGUGUUUCACAUCAUGUACCUUACUAUGUAAAGUACCAUAUGCAGACUGGAAAGGAAAAAGGGAAAAUAAAAUCCAUAUCCAGAUCAAA